UGUCACCGGUGUUGUGUUUUCCUCUCUCUGUCUCUUUCCUCCUCUCUCUUUCCCUCUCUGACUUUCAACAUAUUUCCUCCGUGUUUUCUCAAAAAUACUUUCCAGCCGUAGCAGACUGCAGCAGAGCUGACACUGUGACUGCCGUUGGGUAAAGAGACUGCAGCAGAGCUGACACUGUGACUGCCGUUGGGUAAAGAGACUGCAGCAGAGCUGACACUGUGACUGCCGUUGGGUAAAGAGACUGCAGCAGAGCUGACACUGUGACUGCCGUUGGGUAAAGAGACUGCAGCAGAGCUGACACUGUGACUGCCAUUGGGUAAAGAGACUGCAGCAGAGCGGACACUGUGACUGCCGUUGGGUAAAGAGACUGCAGCAGAGCUGACACUGUGACUGCCGUUCGAUAAAGAGACUGCAGCAGAGCUGACACUGUGACUGCCGUUGGGUAAAGAGACUGCAGCAGAGCUGACACUGUGACUGCCGUUGGAUAAAGAGACUGCAGCAGAGCUGACACUGUGACUGCCGUUGGGUAAAGAGACUGCAGCAGAGCUGACACUGUGACUGCCGUUCGAUAAAGAGACUGCAGCAGAGCUGACACUGUGACUGCCGUUGGGUAAAGAGACUGCAGCAGAGCUGACACUGUGACUGCCGUUGGGUAAAGAGACUGCAGCAGAGCUGACACUGUGACUGCCGUUGGGUAAAGAGACUGCAGCAGAGCUGACACUGUGACUGCCGUUGGGUAAAGAGACUGCAGCAGAGCUGACACUGUGACUGCCGUUGGGUAAAGAGACUGCAGCAGACCUGACACUGUGACUGCCGUUGGAUAAAGAGACUGCAGCAGAGCUGACACUGUGACUGCCGUUGGGUAAAAAGACUGCAGCAGAGCUGACACUGUGACUGCCGUUGGGUAAAGAGACUGCAGCAGAGCUGACACUGUGACUGCCGUUGGGUAAAGAGACUGCAGCAGAGCUGACACUGUGACUGCCGUUGGGUAAAGAGACUGCAGCAGAGCUGACACUGUGACUGCCGUUGGGUAAAGUAAAAGAGAGGAUAUCUACACUAUUAUGGCUGAUGUUCCUGUUCCUCCUUCCUCACUGAGAACAGAGGGGAUCCUCCUGAGAGAGAUCCACGUCAACCUGCUGGAGUGUAAAGUCUGCUUCGAGAAGUAUAACCCACGGCAGAAGGAACGCCGGCCUCAGAACCUGUCCUGCGGCCAUGUACUCUGUCUGGAAUGUGUCCGGGCGCUCUCCCACCCCGUCCUCAAGAAGCUUGAGUGCCCUUUCUGCCGGCAGCUGUGUGACGUUGACAGCACUUCCCACUGCCAGGCGCUGACAGACCUCCAGGAUCUUCUGCUCUCCCGCUCCCCCAGGUCACCUGUCCCUCAUCGGGUCAGAGGAGGCAGCGGCUGGGUCGGAGGUCUGGGCUCUGGAGCUCUGCGACUUCGCUCAGCCUUCGGGGGCUGGGGGUCCCUGAUCAACCCCACGGGGGUGGCCGUGUUCGGGUCCUCUGGGACCAUGGUGGUGGUGCACGAUGGAGAAAGGAGGGUGGUGGUAUUCGGGCCUCAGGGCAGGAGGCUGCACGGGUUCGGGCGGAGGGGUCGCGGCCACGGGGAGGUGUGUCACCCGGUGGAUGUGGCGGUGACUCCCAGCGGGUAUGUGGUUGUGACGGAUGCCGGUGACAGUGCAGUGAAAGUGUUCACCACCAGGGGGAGUUUUGUUCUGGCGGUGUGGGACUCCUUCCAGACGCCCUGGGGGGUGGAUGUGGACAGCUGUGGACAUAUCCUCGUCACUGACAUCCAGGCCGGCACGCUCUCCCAGGUUGUGGUGGACUUUGCCCGUGGCGUGACUCUGAUGAACCGAGCGGUCAUAACCGACCUCCAGCGGCCCAAGGCAGUGGCCUGCUGUCGGGUGACCGGGAACAUCGCCCUGGUGGAGACACUGGGGCUCACAACCACACAACCUCCAAAUGGCCCCCGGCCUACCAGACUGACAAUAUUCAACAAAGACUUUAACAUGCUCUCUCAGAUAGACAGCUUUACUCUGAGCCUGGGGGCCUCAGUGUGGCCCUGCAUGUCUGCCGUGGCCUUUGACAGGGCCGGGGAUGUGAUGGUGAUAGACUCCCAGCGUGGAUUGAUUUGGAGUUUGGGAAAGCUCCAGAACGGCCCGGUCCUAACCCCCCCUGGUCAGUGA